UACUGCUCCAAGGAAUGCCAGAAUGCAGCCUGGCCUUUCCACAAGGCUAUAUGCAAGUCAAGACUCUUGAAAAACUCGUACAAACCUCGGUGGCAGAUCGAAAAACGCAUCCCAGAGUUCAUGGGUGGUCCACCGCUAGCGCACUUCGGCUCACCCCAGUACCUAUGGGGUAAUAUACCGGCGAUAGACCUGCUGAAGGUCGCCGAAAACGAAGGCGAUGAAGCAAUUAUGCAACAAGACGUUUCGUUACUUUUUGCAGCCUCUGGAGAUCUUCGAAACGUCGUUAAAACCAUCAUCAGUCUUCCCGAAAAAUGCCUAGGGAGUUGCAAGGCAGUUAUCAACGACAGGAACACGACUGUUGUUAUACGUAAUGCAUUACUCUUACUCGUAGCGUUUCAAUUUGAGCCUGAAGUAGCCACCCCGAUAAUGCUGCAUCUCUGGUACUCGGCAAUGCUUCCACCAAAAAUAGUCAAAGCCUUACAGAAAGGCAUUCUGCCGUGUAUUCGGAAUGUUUGCGACAAGAUCAAGGCGAAGCUCGAUAAUUCGAUACAAGCGAAGACAUUCGUACAUGGCAAAGGCUCUAUACGCCUAGUCCUCAAAAAAUCCGAGUGGAUUGCGCUCGCAAAAACACUUAUGCCAUCUAAAGAGUUGACUGCACCUAUCGCCCAGACCAUCCGCCGAAAAAUCACCCAAGCAAGAGUCGACCAUAUCGACCGUUCGCUGUACAGGAUGCCAUUAGGUCGCCGUGCAGGGGCCAUUGAUUUUCGCGAACAUGGCGUGCUGCUUCCGUAUGGCGUUUCUCGCAAGGAAUUCACUGUGCCGAACCCGACAUUCUUCGCCGAUCAGACCUGGCCCAUGAAAGAUGAUGCGGAUCCCCUCGAUGGAUGGUCGUACGUCGAAUACAUGAAGUUCGCACCUAUUGCCAAAAAUGAUGCGUACGGUGCUUUCUUCUUCUACUUAAGACACUUGCUACUUGCCUUUUGCAAACGUAUUCGAAUUUUUACGAUAUCUUUUCAGCUGCUAGCCACUGACGCAGUUGAUCUCCCAAACUAUCUGACAGACAUCAAGUUCGAUCGAAUUGAGGUAUCCAAUAUAUGCGAUCGCUGCUACAUCGGCCCCCACCGCACGCUUUCCAUCUUCUCCCCUCUUCUGAAGCCUAAAACCCAGAACCCCAGAGCAGCGCUGUUGCUCCUAUUCCUCAACGCAGUGGGCGACGAAGACGACCAAAACGUCACCCGCGCAAUUAGGGCGCACCGAGGCCGCCUGAUGAAGAAGUACUUCAACUACAUGGAACCGUGCCUCGUCAACGCUGCGCUGGGCGAGGGAGGACUAGCGUCCAUGCAGUAUAUUACAACGCCGGAGGUCGUCCUACUCACCGAUGCCAUGACAUAUUGGGACGACUUCGAUGUGAACUUUGCGCGGUUUCUGAAAAAUGCAGACCCGGCGUCGCAAAAGCCCAUUGCAUUGAAGGACCUGGCCGCUAAUUAUGGGCUAAGGAUCAAGGACAAGCACACCAUCAUGCCGCCGUGGCCAUACCGCGCCUCUGAAAACAUGACACGCGAGGAGUUUGACGUGCUACUUGCAGAGAGCACCGGCGGGCAUGAGCGGUAUGUCGAGCUUAGUAGGGCGUAG